UCUCUCUCUCUCUCUCUCAGGUGAGCACCUGGGGGUUUGUUCACAGGGUUACACCUGCUGCACGUCUGGGAUGGAGGAAAACCUCCUGAACCUGAGCCGACGAGAGUUUGAGACUCAGGUGAAGGAGUCUGGACGCACCUUACAGGCCUCGCUCAACGUCCAGUUAAAGAGCUUUGACGCUUAUUUCUUAGAGCUGUUCAACCGUUCUGAAGCAUCGCUCCAAACCUCUAUCCAGACCGGGUUUGGACCUCUCUUCUCCCAAAACGCAAAGGUGUUUCAGGAUCUGUACUCCGACCUUCGGGGCUACUACCGAGGGUCCAACGUCAAUCUCGAGGAGGUGCUGAAUGAAUUCUGGGCCCGUCUGCUGGAAAGACUCUUUAAAGCUUUAAACGUUCAGUACAUUAUUGGAGAGGAGUAUCUGGAGUGCGUAGCCAAGCAGUCAGAAACACUGAAGCCGUUUGGAGACACGCCGAGAGAGCUCAAGACCAAAAUCACACGCACAGUUAUUGCAGCCAGAACGUUCGCACAGAGUCUGGGGGUCAGCGGCGAAGCCGUCCGGAGGGUUUCACAGGUGAAUAUGAGCACUGAAUGUGUGCGCGCCAUCAUGAAAAUGACAUACUGUCCUCACUGUAGUGGCAUGGCCUUUGCCAAACCCUGCUCAAACUACUGUAAGAAUGUCAUGAAGGGCUGCCUCGCCAAUCAAGCAGAUCUGGACUCUGAGUGGAGGAACUUGGCAGAUACUAUGCUGGAAGUAGUUGACAAACUGAGCCGGCCUUACAGUGUGGAUUCGGUGGUUCUGUCUCUGCCAAAACGCAUUGCUGAAGCGAUUCUCUACAUGCAAGACAACCUCAACACGUUCAACAAUAAGGUGUUUCAAGCAUGUGGUUCUCCUGCUCAGAGCUCCGAAUCUGAGGACCAGAUCAAGCGAGGGAGAAACACAGCAGAAGAAGUGAGCGGCACCCCAGGAGCCCAGCUGGAGAAACUGUUAUCCGAUGUGUCCAGAAUGUUGAGGGAUAUCAUGCAGUACUGGGUCCAUUUGCCCAGAAAACUGUGUGUGGAUCGCGAUUCUGGCCCGAGUGAAACAGACAAAUGUUGGAACGGAAUGAAUGUGGCUAGUUAUCUGCCAGAAGUGAUGGGCGACGGGCUGGCCAGUCAGAUCAAUAAUCCUGAGGUGGAGAUUGACAUUACCAAACCAGACAUGGCUGUACGCAACCAGAUCAUGCAGCUUAGGAUAAUGAUCAACCGACUAACGUACGCCAUCAAUGGAAAGGAUGUGGACUUCCAGGACACCAGUGAUGAUAUCAGCGGUUCAGGAAGUGGAAUGUGUGCCGGCGAUCAGUGUUCUCGUGAUACACGUUUAUCAGCCCCAAACACGGACAAACCCAAUGUAUACAGCUAUCCAUCAGAGAAGAAGAAGGUGGUGACUGGAAGAAGCAGCCAGAACCUUCCUUGUGUCAGCCUCUACCUUCUUUCAUUGGUCACAGUCUUGCUUAGGCGAUAAUUACAGGCAAUUCCACCAACUGGGACUGAGUACAGGACUAGGUUGGAUUGUGGAGGGGCGGGUUUAGUCACAUUGCCAAAACAAACAUGCAAACAUCAACAGAAACCGGCGAAUGCAUCACUUUUUAUUUUGUCUUGAAUAAGAAGACCAUGGAAUAUUCUUAGAUCUGUGUACUUUUUUGUCUCUUAUUUGAUAUAUGACACCCCUAGAGCUGGUCUUUUGCUUGUCUUUAUGUCUGUGGUGAAAAAGGUCUCUGCGAAUGCGCCAGUCUGUAACAACAGCUAUGAAAAUCCACCCCAACAAACAAGACAUGCUGGUUUUUCCUUAUUCAAAAAUCAUUUAAGAUUGUAUUUAUUUAUUAAUUUAGACCCUUAAUGAUAAGACGUCUCUGGCCCCUCAAGCAUGAGAAUGUCCUUCAACACUCGAUCAAAAAACGAACCGUGUGUUCUUCUUAUCUUUGUUUUAAAGCUUUUCUGAACAUGCAAACAAGCUUAACUGAGUCUUGUUUCAUGAAAACCAGCUGUCUCACACUGUCUCUGUCUCUCUCUUGCGUUUAUUGUACUAGUUUUUGCACUCCGCUUUGCAAAUGGAUUUCAGGGGCCAUUUUAAAGAAAACACAAAAUGUAUUUACUCUGUAUGUAAAUAAACGUGUACUAACCACA